GGCAUUCUCUCUCGCCUUCAUCCUGGCGUUUGCUACUAGUAGCUGCAGUGCUGACGGCUGCUUUUGGCGUCUUCCAUUUGGCAUGGGCUAUUGACACGUUUACCGACUCCCAUUUCGCCUUGUGGAACAAGGGUUUCUGGGGAACUGCGUUGUACGCUGUAUUCUUCCUCUUGGGAUGGCACUAUAACCUGGUUUUUGCGACAGUGCUUGUCCCUGUUGUGCUUUUGGCUUCGCUUGUUGCCGAUCUACGCCAGAAUUGUGUAGAGCUUCUCCAGAACGUCAGUAAAAACCCGGACGCAAAAGAUUCGGGGAUGCAAUCGAAUGAGUUCUCUCCAGAGUAUGUGCGCUUGCUUUGGAGAAGUAUGCGCUGCCAAUAUCAAUCUCUGUUCGAUAUCUUUUCUGCAACGCGGAACCUUUUGCAAUGGCAUCUUGUCUAUUUGUCGUUCUCUAGCUGUCUAUCCUCUGCGCUUCAAUUAUCAGACUACAUUAUCUUCUAUAACUCAACAACGCCUCGGAGUCGUUUUCAAUUGGCACAAAUACUAUGUCACGCCGUGCGCUUUGUCAUGCUUUGCCUCGCAUGUCAAAAGUUUCAAUCAGAGAGCAACGAAAUGCGCCAGUCCAUGCUCGCAUACACAUCACAGCUCAGAGAAUUUAACCGAGGCAAUGAGGUCCACAUGUUUGCUGUUCAAAUCAAAUGUCAGCAGAAUGGAAUGUGUACGGUGCUAUGGUCGUUUGACAUUAACUCAGGAACCGCUUUGCAGAUGUUGUCCGCCAUAGUUUCCUAUACUAUCGUCAUGCGCCAGAGUGACAUCCACUUUUAUGAAUCAUAUGAGGAUUAGUUACAAAUUUUUAAAAUUGGUAUCCAGAUCUGGAUACCUUUUAUUGAUUAAAUACAUUGCAACAAAUCUCGAGAUGCCGUUUUGAUGCAAUGUAUUUAAUCAAUAAAAGAAAUUUGGGUACUCGUGCGUUGCUAGAUGUUCUGGAGCACCCGUUUCCCGUUGGGGUCCCUACCUAGCUUCCCGAGCUGAACCAAAAUAGAUUAUUCGUGGCUCCACGGUAAAAACAAUAUCUCAAUUUUUGAGGGAAAAGGGAAAAUUUUGAGGA